GACGACGCCGCCGCCACAGCCGCCCCUUUCGUCAGGAUCCCGCCGCUCCGGAGGCGUCGUGGACGGGCCGGAGGGCGCGGAGAAAAUGGUGGAGCCAGGACAAGAUCUGUUACUUGCUGCUUUGAGUGAGAGUGGAAUCAGUCCAAAUGACCUUUUUGACAUUGACAGUGGAGAUACAGGUCUCGUAACCCCUGCACCCACUCCUCCUGUUCAACAGUCAGUGCCACUUAAUGCAUUAGAACUAGGUUUGGAGGCUGAGGCAACAGUUCCUGUUAAACAAGAGCCAGAGACUGUGUCUACUCCUGCACUAUUAAAUGUUAGGCAGCAGCCACCAUCGACCACAACAUUUGUGCUGAAUCAAAUCAAUCAGCUUCCAACUUUAGGAUCUACAAUAGUAAUGACAAAGACCACACCCGUCACAACUACCAGGCAGACUAUCACUGUCGCAAAGAUUAUUCAGACUAGCACAACUACAAGACCCACUGUCGCAGCACCAGCAGUGCGGAAUGCCUUGACCACUGCACCUUCAAAAGACCAGGUCCAACUGAAAGAUCUGCUCAAAAACAACAGUCUUAAUGAACUUAUGAAAUUGAAGCCACCUGCCAAUAUUGCCCAGCCAGUUGCCACAGCAGCUACUGAUGUAAGCAAUGGUGCUGUGAAGAAAGAAGCCUCUAAUAAAGAAGUGGCAAGAAUAUGGAUAAACGAUAUCAAAAUGAGAAGCUUUUCGCCUACCAUGAAAGUGCCAGUAGUAAAAGAGGAAGAUGAACCAGAGGAGGAAGAUGAAGAAGAAAUGGGCCAUGCGGAGACAUAUGCAGAAUAUAUGCCAAUAAAAUUAAAAAUUGGCUUGCGUCAUCCAGAUGCAGUGGUAGAAACCAGCUCCCUCUCUAGUGUUACACCUCCUGAUGUCUGGUACCAAACGUCAAUCUCGGAAGAAAGCAUUGAUAAUGGCUGGUUAUCAGCAUUGCAGCUUGAAGCAAUUACAUAUGCAGCCCAGCAACAUGAGACAUUCCUACCUAAUGGAGACAGAGCCGGCUUUUUGAUAGGUGAUGGUGCAGGUGUGGGAAAAGGGAGGACUAUAGCUGGAAUAAUCUAUGAAAACUACCUAUUGGGUAGAAAAAGGGCAUUGUGGUUUAGUGUGUCAAAUGAUUUGAAGUAUGACGCUGAAAGAGAUUUGAGGGAUAUUGGGGCCAAAAACAUACUGGUCCAUUCAUUAAACAAGUUUAAAUAUGGAAAAAUUUCUUCCAAGCAUAAUGGGAGUGUGAAGAAAGGUGUGAUUUUUGCCACCUACUCCUCUCUUAUUGGUGAAAGUCAAUCUGGUGGUAAAUACAAAACAAGAUUAAAGCAGCUUCUUCACUGGUGCAGUGAUGACUUCGAUGGAGUGAUUGUGUUUGAUGAGUGUCACAAAGCUAAAAACUUAUGUCCUGUUGGUUCUUCAAAACCUACCAAGACUGGCUUAGCAGUUUUAGAACUUCAGAAUAAGCUGCCAAAAGCUAGAGUUGUUUAUGCCAGUGCCACAGGGGCUUCUGAACCUCGGAACAUGGCGUAUAUGAAUCGACUUGGAAUAUGGGGUGAAGGAACCCCAUUUAGAGAGUUCAGUGACUUUAUUCAAGCAGUAGAACGAAGGGGUGUUGGUGCCAUGGAAAUAGUUGCUAUGGAUAUGAAGCUAAGAGGAAUGUACAUUGCCAGACAGUUGAGCUUUACCGGGGUGACCUUCAAAAUUGAGGAAGUUCUUCUUUCGCAGAGCUACGUUAAAAUGUAUAACAAAGCUGUGAAACUGUGGGUAAAUGCCAGAGAGAAGUUUCAGCAGGCAGCUGAUCUUAUUGAUGCAGAGCAACGCAUGAAGAAGUCUAUGUGGGGUCAGUUCUGGUCUGCCCACCAGAGAUUUUUCAAAUACCUGUGCAUAGCAUCCAAAGUUAAAAGGGUAGUUCAGCUAGCUCGAGAAGAAAUCAAGAAUGGAAAAUGUGUUGUUAUUGGCCUGCAAUCUACUGGAGAAGCUAGAACCUUAGAGGCUUUGGAAGAAGGUGGGGGAGAAUUGAAUGACUUCGUUUCCACAGCCAAAGGAGUAUUACAGUCCCUCAUUGAGAAACAUUUUCCGGCUCCAGACAGGAAGAAACUUUUUAGUUUGUUAGGGAUAGAUUUGACUGCUCAGAGUAACAACAGCUCACCGAGAGAUAGUCCUUGCAAAGAGAAUAAAAUAAAGAAACGGAAAGGUGAAGAAAUAAACAGAGAAGCCAAAAAAGCCCGAAAAGUGGGUGGCCUUGCUGGCAGUAGUUCUGAUGAGAGUGGAAGUGAAUCUGAUGCCUCGGAUAAUGAAGAGACUGACAACGAGAGCUCAAAAUUUAUGAGUUCGGGUGAUGAUGAUGAUUUCAACCCAUUUAGAGAUGAAUCGAGUGAGGAUGAUGAAGAUGAUCCUUGGUUAAUUAGAAAAGAUCAUAAGAAAAACAAAGAGAAGAAGAAGAAGAAAAGUAUAGAUCCAGAUUCUAUUCAAAGUGCCUUAUUAGCAUCAGGUCUUGGAUCAAAGCGACCUAGUUUUUCUUCCACCUCAGUUGUCCCUACUACUCCCAACAACCUACCAGCAAACAGCCAUAGUAAUAGCAGCCUUGUAACGAGUCAAGAUGCCGUUGAGAGGGCCCAGCAGAUGAAGAAAGAGCUGCUGGAUAAAUUGGAAAAAUUGGCUGAAGAUCUUCCGCCUAAUACACUGGAUGAACUUAUUGAUGAGCUGGGAGGUCCAGAGAAUGUAGCAGAGAUGACAGGCCGAAAAGGGAGAGUUGUAAGCAACGAUGAUGGAAGCAUAUCUUACGAGUCCCGAUCUGAACUUGAUGUGCCCGUAGAAAUUCUAAACAUUACAGAAAAGCAAAGAUUUAUGGAUGGAGAUAAGAAUAUUGCUAUCAUCUCAGAAGCUGCCAGCUCAGGUAUUUCAUUGCAAGCCGAUCGCAGAGCGAAGAACCAGAGACGGAGGGUGCACAUGACUUUGGAGUUGCCAUGGAGUGCUGACCGAGCAAUUCAGCAAUUUGGAAGAACUCACAGAUCAAACCAGGUUACUGCCCCGGAAUAUGUCUUUCUUAUUUCUGAACUGGCUGGAGAGCAAAGAUUUGCAUCCAUAGUUGCUAAACGAUUGGAGAGCUUGGGGGCCCUCACUCAUGGAGACAGAAGAGCCACAGAGUCUAGGGACUUAAGUAGGUUCAAUUUUGAUAACAAGUAUGGUCGAAAUGCUUUGGAAAUAGUCAUGAAAUCCAUCGUAAACUUAGAUUCCCCGAUGGUGUCCCCACCUGCUGAUUACCCUGGAGAGUUCUUUAAAGAUGUUCGACAGGGAUUGAUAGGAGUGGGCCUUAUCAAUGUAGAAGAUCGCUCAGGAAUUCUGACGCUUGAUAAAGAUUAUAACAACAUAGGAAAAUUCCUCAAUAGGAUCCUGGGUAUGGAGGUGCAUCAACAAAAUGCAUUAUUCCAGUAUUUUUCUGAUACACUUAAUGCAGUCAUACAAAAUGCCAAAAAGAAUGGAAGAUAUGACAUGGGUAUUUUAGAUCUCGGCUCUGGGGACGAAAAGGUGAGAAAAGCAGAUGCCAAGAAGUUUCUAACUCCAGGAUAUUCUACCUCUGGGCAUGUUGAACUGUACACAAUCAGUGUAGAAAGAGGAAUGUCAUGGGAAGAAGCAACCAAGAUUUGGGCUGAACAGACCGGACCAGAUGACGGCUUUUAUUUAUCACUGCAAAUAAGAAAUAACAAGAAAACUGCCAUCCUGGUAAAGGAAGUAAACCCUAAAAAGAAACUUUUCUUAGUGCAUAGACCAAAUACUGGGAAACAGCUUAAAUUGGAAACAUAUGCUGAUUUGAAAAAGAAAUAUAAGAAGGUAGUUUCUGAUGAUGCUGUGUCCCACUGGCUAGAUCAGUACAACUCAUCUGCAGAUACUUGUACCCAUGCAUACUGGCGAGGCAACUGUAAGAAAGCGGGCUUGGGAUUGGUCUGUGAAAUAGGCCUGCGCUGCCGUACGUAUUUCGUCUUGUGUGGUUCAGUACUAAGCGUCUGGACGAAAGUCGAGGGAGUUCUAGCAUCUGUAAGCGGCACAAAUGUGAAAAUGCAAAUAGUUCGACUAAGAACAGAGGAUGGACAGCGAAUUGUAGGUCUGAUCAUUCCUGCAAACUGCGUAUCUCCCCUUGUGAACCUCCUGUCGACGUCUGACCAGUCUCAACAGCUUGCGGUCCAGCAGCAACAGAUAUGGCAGCAGCAUCACCCUCAGAGCAUCACCAAUUUGAGCAACGCGUAGAAGGACAGAUGCCAGGUGGUGGCUCGGGCGGUUCGGUAAAGGCUGUGUAGAAGCAAAAUCAUUUGCGUAAAUAUCAGGGACAGAUUCCAAAGAAUUAUAAUGUCUUCAGUUGUGCGCUCUCUCUCUCUGGUAAUACUUCGGGAAUCAAAAGGUACCUGGAAAAAGAUGGCAGAGCUGAAAAGCGGCAGAUGCGUAUGCACCAUCCUCUGUCUUUCCCUUGGCUUCUCCUGUAGUACUUCCUGUUGGUUUUUACUUUGGGGGUGGGAGGGGUGUGGAUCUUUUUAAAGCUACAGACUACAGUUCGGUUGAAAAUGCUUGGAAUUUCCCCAGACAUGCUUUACCUUUAUUUUGUCACACAGUGCUCAGGGUUAACGCAGUACAUCCAUGCCGUUGCUAUGGGAGAUAUCCAUGGAUGCAUGUAUUUUGAGUAUAUAAAUAUAGACAAAUGUAAAUUGGUUAUUCUUUUCAACUUGUAAAACGGUAGGUUUAAAAAGCAUGAAACCGAAAGGUUGCAUACCAUGCGAUCAUGUUCCCCCCAGUUUUUCUUUUGACAGUGCAUGUCUUUGAAAGCAUGCGUGAGCAAAAUGAACAGGAGUCCAGAAACCAGAGUUAUACAGCAUUGGUUCACGCAUUAUUUUUUUCAGUGUUUUACCCAGGUUUUCCUUGUUUCCUCCCCCUACCACUGCUUGUACAUAAGCCCACCACACACAAUCCCUGUUUCUGGUGAUCAAACUCUUAAAUGAAAGGUUACUUCAUUUUAAUGUAUCGAUAGUAUUCCUGAUGCGUGCUGCAAAGAUGGCGAUAAGCCCAUUUUUCUUAAAAUUACAUUGUUUCCUUAAUUGGAGAUUGUUAUGGAAAAAAGUACAAAUUUUCUUCCAUCUCGGUCUUCUAUUUUUUACUUCAUUAGUACAAUUUAAUUUCACUUGUCAGACGAAACCUUACUUGAGCUGUAAACUAGACAAUGGGAAAACACUUGAGGCUUCUGCUGUAUGUGCUGUUUCUGUUACCCAGUAACUUGAAUACCGUUUAAUAUGUUGUAAGACAUUAUAGAGUUUAUCUGGAGCUGUUAAAAAUGGUAAUGUACAAAUGUGAAUAGUCACUUAUCUAUAAUAUGGGUAAGUUUUGUUUUGCCUAUAAUAGUAGAUGCUUAUAAGAGUGAGGGACAAUGUUUGUCAUUUUUUUUGCUUGCACAGGUUGCACUAUUGAAAAAUUUGAGAUUGUAUAAACCUGUCCAAAAGCUGCAAGAUACCAAAAUCUUGUAUGUCAAAUAAAGUUAUUGUACUAACAAGAAGUGGACUCCUGUUUAGGCAAUCUCCAUCUUCAGAAAUAGCUAAAGUAAAGUCUGUCUUCGGGUGGGAAUUUUACCGAAACUUGUAUGUUGCCUCAACAUUCCAAGUAGCCUUAUGUUUUGGUCAGAAACCAACUACUAAAAAUUGAGGUGGUGACGAGGUUGAGGAAAGGGAACAUUUCUCUCUCCUCUCGACUCCUGAUUGACAAAGUGUGAGUUGGCUUGAACCUUCAGAGUGCUUGUUUCUAAACCACUAAAGUUCAAGUUCUUCCUCUGGUGGAUUUUUCGGUCCCCUCUCUCCGUUCAUGGAGCCUGUUUCGUUUCUUUAAACACGUGGUAGCUUAUCUUGUAUCUUGGGGUACUUUAAGGAUUGUUUGGAUCUGUCUGUUGAUAUUUCAGUGGAACAGUCUCGGUUUAAAGAGAGGUGUGUAGCUGUUUUUCCGAUCAGCAGAGUGAAAGUCCAACUAGCAGUUAAAUCAGCAUUAUUGAAUUACAGUUAUUGCCAGACUUAUUCUAGGAGGUGGCUACAUGGCUGCAAAGGGGGAAUGAUUUGGGAUAGCAUUUUGAGUUUUCUGUGGAAAAGUCAAAACGAAACAAAAGCAGCAGCCUUCAGAGAGCAUUAACCCAAACGUAAGGGGCUGGGAGGCAGUCACAGAUAGCUUGAGACAUGGGGCCUGAGUGGAUGUGGAUCUUCUGCACCCAAAGACCAAGAAGUGGAAAGAGUGUUAAGUCAAGCUUGUUUACAGUGGUUCUGCCCUCCUUGGCGAUCUGCACACAGAAUAGAACAAUUUGCCUCUAAACCACUGCUUGUGAGCCCUUCAAGCAAUGACAAGCAAAAAUCCUUUUUUUGUUUCCUUUUUAAGUGAAGUUUACUGUUCUGGGUGCUAAAAACUUGUUUCCAUACUUCUGAACUUAAGCUGUUAGCUUAUUAUUACCUUUCAUAAGAUUCCUCACCCAUUAGAAUUCUCCAUCCAAAGGUCUGCAAUAGCAAUCCGAAAGUCAUAUGACCAAACAUUAACAAAUUCCUUGCAUAAACUGUUUCGUUUUCCACUUUGGAAAAGAAGAGAUUCCCUUUCAAGAAGGAUUUAUUUUUCCCUUUGUAAAGUUGCAGGUUCAUCAUCAGAAGUUUUUCUUCUGUGUAAUUUGAAUAACUAGCACGGCCUGCUUCCGACAGAACGUAGUCUAAUAAAUCAGCCGACCCCGCGGGAAAUAUUUGGGUUGCUUGUACUUUAGCUUUGAUGGAAACCGAACCCCAAGCUCCGGGGCUGUUAGACUCACAAUAACUUCGCGUGAUUUCCCAAAUGACUCGCUCACCUCCCGGGGGAUGUUGUUCACAUAUGUGACCCUAGCGCAUCUUGCGUAAACGUGAGCUUAAUUCCAGUGGAAUUGAGGCAGGAGGCAAGUGAUUCAGAGGUAGAGUUGAAAAUUAAUUGUAUGUGAAAGAGAGUCAUAGAGGCAGGAAGAAACAGGUAUCUCAGCCAAUUUUGUCACAUUAGUUCAGCCAUCAAUUGAUAAAGCAAGGUCGAAGGGAGCAAUUCAUUGGACCUGGGGCAGGGUGAGGGUGUAGCGUCAGGUGAUUUGAGGUGACAGGGCCCCAGAGCUGGGGAGAAGCUUUAUUUUCUUAUCUAGAUACUGAGUAUUGAACAGAAAGGUGCUCCCCGGACAGGCAGCAAGCUAGAUUUUUAGGUGGUAUGCCAGUAGUUUCCCUUUAUCAUUUAAGAAGCAGUUAUCAUAAUGCCAUCUGCCAGAUCGGACCACUCAAGUUCUCCACCCUCAUAUCUCCAAAACCAGCCGGCAUUACAUGCUGCUGCUGCUACAGCUAAAGGGGGAAAAAAGAAAAACACACACACAUACACACAAAAAAAAGUUUGAGCAGAUGCUAAUUCUCUAAUCAGAAUAGUGAGUGACUUGAGUGUAUAUAAGUGAAGAAAAUUUAGUUCUCUAAACAUGCAACUUGUUCGCAACUUUUUUUCUGAGCACUUGAGGUAAAUCCAAAAUCACAUCCUAUAUUCCUACUCUGUACCUAUAUGUGUACAUACAUGUGUAUAUAUAGAAAUGUUGAAAGUUAACUGAGUUCACGAAUGUAAAUAAUUCUUGUAAAAUCUGUACUGGUCCUUCCCUUUCUUCUUUUCCCUCUUCCCCUUCUUCCUAUUUAUUCUUAUUUUCUUGCCGUGGAGGGCAUUUGAUUUUUUUUUUUAAUCUAGAGAGAGAAACAGAGUAUGAGAACACCUUAGCUGAACUUCUCCGCGCAUUUUAGAAUCGUUUCGCAUACUUACUGUACAACUUCAGAAACUGUUGUGUCUUAAUAUUUUUCAACAUGCUGAUUGUAAUUGCAUUUUUAUUCCAAAUUUUUACUGUGUGCAAUGCAUUGUAUUGGGGCGGGGGGAGGGGAGAAACCUAUUUGAGUGCAAUUUCUAAUAUUUUCAUUAUUUGACCAAUAAUGCUUAUUAGAUGCUAUAGUUUAGCUCUGAAGCACCUUUUAUUUUUUUGCUAGCCUAGUUUAAGAUCUUUAACCUCUUCAAUGCAUUUAGAAUAUUCAAAUUUACAUCUGGAAUUCAGUCUGGUUUGUUUCUUGGCUCCAGUUUUGCCUUGAUAAUUUGUGAUGCUAUGUGAAGUCAUUAAAUCCCGAAUAUAUGCAGCAGUCUUUUCCAACAACCUAAAACUAAACAGAAACUCUCUCAGGAGUAGAAAGAUGACCCAGAUAUGAAAUGAAACCCAGCCUUAUGCUUCCUUUGUCUUUCCUAAUCCAGUGAGUAGGAGUCAGGAAUUCUGGUUCCUGAGAAGACAUUCUGUGGGAGAAUUGGGGGAUUCACACUCAGGAAAAUGACAAAGGACCUCGGGAGGAGGCACCCCAAUUGUUCAGGGAAUUUAGAACAGAGCUCCACGUUCAAUUUACAGAUUCUGGAUAUUGGCAACAAGGUUUUAGAUUGCUGGUAAAUGAGUGGGAGUCCUGGGGAUGUGUCCAUCUGGGCUUCCUUUUGGAUAAGGAAUUUGCAGAGAGCGUAGUAAAGUUGCCUGGAGGAUCAAACGGUUAGCUUUGACUGGUUUUUCACCAAGAUAACUCAGCCCAAGGGAUUGCGUGCCCUUCUAGGGGAGAAUAAAAUAGAACUAACGGGUAUUUAUUUCAGAUCCUCUGCCACUUGGGCCUCCACGAUAGACUGUCGUGGCUAAAGCAUUGGGAGUUUGAAGCACUUCACAGUAGCCUUGCCUAAGGAUAUUUCACCGAUUUGUAAAAUGGUGAUGCAUCCUAAGGUCAAAUAAGGCAAAAGCGAUCAGCGUGGAGGUAGGGAGUGAGGCGAAUUGAGGUGGGAUUCAACAGUACAGAAGAAAUCGGAGUACUUUUUCAUUAAAAAUUGAACCACAGUUGUCAGCCCUCUUAGAAAAAUCUCACUUUCCUGGUAAUGUUUUAAGAUGCAGCCCCAAAAUACACAUCCUUGUCUGUUGUGAGAAUUAUGGAAGAAAUCUGUUUAAAAAGUCUCCGGCACUCUGGAAAAAAAUAAGGUCCUUCUGUAAAUACCUCGGCCUGGCUGCUUGUGAAGCAUGUCAUUCCCGGUUCGGUCCCCCUUCUUGAAGCUACAGUUGAAUGAAAAUGUUCAGCCUUCCGUAUCAUAAAUCAUAUAUCUGGCAGAGGAACAAUAGCUUCUUUUUAUGAUGGCCAUCUUUUUUUUUUUUUUAAACAUCCCUUGCUUUAUCCUGAUGGAGGGCACCCUUCCGUGUUUCUGCCAACUUCUUAGGAAUUGCCAGUUUAAACAGGAAUUGGGUGGACAAAUUGGAAUUUCUGUGGGAAUCACAGCUCUGAGGACCUAGAUAUAGCUGAGCGUAAACCUCGGGGAGAUUCUUGCCCCUGAUGUUUGUGGUGUUGGAGGAGAUAUUUACCCAAUUGUUCUCUUAGCCAGAGAUCUUUUCAAAGGAUCUCGAGCAAUCACUUCUGGCUAUGUUCACCCUCAAAGACAUGAUAAUGCUUGCUUGUGGCACUGAAGAGGAUAAAGAAGCUUUAACUACCAAUAUUCCAAUAUUUCUGACUAUACAGGGAGAUGAUUUUUCACGAGGCACAUGGCAGCCCCCACCACUAUCAGAAAAUCAUCAUUUCUAUCAAUGAUUUAGAUAGCAACCCCAAACUACUGAUGCUUUAAAAAAAAUAAAAAAUUAUUCACAUCUACCAUCAGACAUGAGAAGUGGAACGAGGUACAGUAAACUGAAUUUCUGCAAUAAAACUUUUGCCACGGGCCUACCUCCGAGCAAAGGAUACUUUUGUAGGUAGAUACAGAAUGUCUCUUUUAGCGUUCGAACUUGGUGCGUCUGGAGAGUACAGCCUGACGGAUUCCAAAGACAUUGAAACAAAGGUGGACUGUAAAUUCCGCUGGUUUGAGUUUUCCCUCCCUUUUUACAUUGCUACUCUGUUUUGGAAUAUCUGUCGAGUUCGCACGGUUCUGGUGAUAUCACACUGCUCUUAUCAGCCUUUUUGUGCUAUGACAUACUAAGUGUCCAUAAACUGUUGUUUCAACCAUUUUGACAAAAAAUAAUUGGGUUCUCAUGCAAUAACAUGUACCGGCUGCAUUUAGCAGUAUUUAUACAUGCAAGUGAAAAUGGUCAACUAUGAAACAUUACAAAUUAUGUAUUUAAGGGGGUUUUUGUUUGUUUUUUUUUUUUUUUUGUAAAAUUCUUAAAUAAAUAAAUUAAACUGGCUAA